UAUUUGACGCCACCGCCCCUGGCAGUCGGAAGUUGCUUAAACGAAGCCCAGCCGGCCGGCCAAGAGACCGGUCUUCUUCGUCCCCCGGCGCCCUGUGAGAGUCACCGACGGGUGGACGGACUGACCGCCAGAGGACGGCCGGCCUGGGUGGUGGCAGCUCGGGCCCGAUGGCGCGGGUCGCGUGAGGCGGCAGGCCGAGUGCGGCCCGCGGUGCGCCCGCCCAGCGAUGCGGGCCCCGCCCGUCGCCUCAGGUGCCAUUUGGAUAGUACUUUAGCGGCACGAUGUACUCUGAGUGGCGGUCACUGCAUUUGGUGAUUCAGAAUGAUCAAGGCCAUACCAGUGUGCUACACAGCUAUCCAGAGAGUGUUGGGCGAGAGGUGGCAAAUGCAGUGGUCCGUCCUCUUGGGCAGGCAUUAGGUACCUCUUCAGUGGCUGGUAGUGAGAGUUUGUUAAAAACUGACAAAGAAGUAAAAUGGACCAUGGAAGUGAUUUGCUAUGGACUGACCCUUCCAUUGGAUGGAGAGACUGUAAAAUAUUGUGUUGAUGUAUAUACAGAUUGGAUUAUGGCUUUGGUGUUGCCAAAAGAUUCUAUUCCAUUACCAGUUAUUAAAGAGCCUAAUCUGUAUGUUCAAAGUAUAUUAAAACACCUACAAAAUCUUUUUGUACCAAGACAGGAACAAGGCUCCAGUCAGAUCCGACUGUGCUUACAGGUUCUGAGAGCCAUUCAGAAACUGGCCCGUGAGUCAUCCAUCAUGGCCCGAGAAACCUGGGAAGUCUUACUGUUGUUUCUUCUGCAAAUUAAUGACAUUCUUUUGGCCCCACCAACUGUUCAAGGUGGCAUUGCUGAGAAUCUAGCAGAGAAGUUGAUUGGUGUUCUCUUUGAAGUUUGGUUACUAGCUUGUACCCGGUGCUUCCCAACACCUCCUUAUUGGAAGACGGCUAAGGAGAUGGUGGCUAACUGGAGGCACCACCCUGCAGUGGUGGAGCAGUGGAGCAAGGUCAUCUGUGCACUCACCUCUAGAUUGCUCCGCUUUACAUACGGUCCUUCAUUUCCUCCAUUUAAAGUUCCUGAUGAAGAUGCCAAUCUGAUCCCUCCAGAAAUGGACAAUGAGUGUGUUGCACAAACAUGGUUUCGAUUUUUGCACAUGCUAAGUAAUCCCGUGGAUCUGAGUAACCCAGCCAUUAUAAGCUCAACCCCCAAGUUUCAGGAACAGUUCUUGAGUGUGAGCGGCAUGCCACAGGAGCUAAGCCAGUACCCCUGCCUUAAACAUCUGCCUCAGAUAUUCUUUCGUGCCAUGCGUGGAAUCAGCUGUCUGGUGGAUGCAUUCUUAGGCAUUUCUCGACCAAGAUCAGACAGUGCUCCCCCAACACCCGUGAACAGAUUAAGUAUGCCGCAGAGCACUGCUAUGAAUACCACACCACCACAUAACCGGAGGCACAGGGCUGUCACUGUGAAUAAGACUACCAUGAAGACAAGUGCAGUUACUACUGCUCACACCUCGAAAGUCCAGCACCAGGCAUCCUCUACUUCUCCUCUGUCAAGUCCAAAUCAGACGAGUUCAGAGCCCAGGCCACUGCCUGCCCCUCGGAGACCAAAGGUUAACAGCAUCUUGAAUCUCUUUGGAUCAUGGUUAUUCGAUGCAGCAUUUGUUCACUGCAAACUCCAUAAUGGAAUAAACAGAGACAGCAGCAUGACUGCAUCUUUUAUCCAAAUUCUUCUUUCUUAUAAAUCUUCCAUUGCAACACAAGCUAGCAUGGAGUUUCGGCGAAAAGGGUCCCAAAUGUCCACAGACACCAUGGUUUCCAAUCCCGUGUUUGAUGCAAGUGAAUUUCCUGAUAACUAUGAAGCAGGAAGAGCUGAGGCUUGUGGGACAUUAUGUAGAAUUUUUUGUAGCAAGAAGACUGGAGAAGAGAUUCUGCCAGCUUAUUUAUCCAGAUUUUACAUGCUUUUAAUUCAAGGUUUGCAGAUAAAUGAUUAUGUGUGCCAUCCUGUCUUGGCCAGCGUUAUUCUAAACUCCCCUCCUUUGUUCUGCUGUGACUUGAAAGGGAUUGAUGUUGUGGUUCCUUACUUUAUUUCAGCUCUUGAAACCAUUUUGCCUGACAGAGAACUCUCAAAAUUCAAAAGCUAUGUAAAUCCAACAGAAUUGAGAAGAUCCUCCAUUAAUAUCCUGCUUUCUUUGUUGCCCCUCCCUCAUCAUUUUGGCACAGUCAGAUCUGAGGUGGUCCUAGAAGGAAAGUUUAGCAAUGAUGACAGUUCUUCAUAUGAUAAACCAAUAACUUUUCUGUCCCUGAAGUUGAGACUUGUGAAUAUACUAAUAGGUGCCUUGCAAACGGAAACGGACCCUAACAACACCCAAAUGAUACUAGGAGCAAUGUUAAAUAUUGUUCAGGAUUCUGCACUUUUAGAAGCCAUUGGUUGCCAAAUGGAGAUGGGUGGUGGAGAAAACAACCUGAAGAGUCAUAGUCGCACUAAUAGUGGUAUUAGCUCAGCAAGUGGAGGAAGCACAGAGCCUACAACGCCCGAUAGUGAGAGACCUGCUCAAGCUCUCCUAAGGGAUUAUGAUGUGGCAUUGGGUUAUAUCCUAGCUCUUAAUACAGAUUCAGCUGCUGGACUCCUGAUUCGCAGCAUUCAUCUCGUCACCCAAAGACUCAACUCCCAGUGGCGUCAAGACAUGAGCAUAUCCCUGGCAGCUCUAGAGCUCCUCUCAGGCCUGGCAAAGGUGAAGGUGAUGGUUGACUUGGGAGACCGGAAGCGUGCCAUCAGUUCUGUGUGCAGUUAUAUUGUAUACCAGUGCAGUCGGCCAGCUCCUCUUCACUCCCGGGAUCUGCACUCCAUGAUAGUGGCAGCAUUUCAGUGUCUCUGUGUCUGGCUGACAGAACACCCUGAUAUGCUGGAUGAGAAGGAUUGCCUUAAGGAAGUACUGGAGAUUGUAGAACUGGGUAUCUCAGGAAGCAAGUCCAAGAACAGUGAGCAAGAGGUCAAGUACAAAGGAGAUAAGGAGCCAAACCCUGCGUCCAUGAGAGUAAAGGAUGCUGCAGAAGCCACUUUAACAUGUAUCAUGCAGUUGCUUGGCGCAUUUCCUUCACCCAGUGGUCCUGCCUCUCCUUGUAGUCUGGUGAAUGAGACCACUCUGAUCAAAUACUCCAGGCUGCCAACCAUAAACAAGCAUAGUUUCCGGUACUUUGUCUUGGAUAACAGUGUCAUCCUGGCAAUGCUGGAGCAACCGCUUGGAAAUGAGCAGAAUGAUUUUUUCCCCUCUGUCACUGUGUUGGUCCGGGGAAUGUCUGGAAGACUUGCUUGGGCUCAGCAACUUUGCCUUUUGCCAAGAGGAGCAAAAGCAAAUCAGAAGCUUUUUGUGCCGGAACCUCGCCCAAUUCCUAAAAAUGAUGUUGGAUUUAAAUAUUCUGUGAAACAUCGACCAUUUCCUGAAGAGGUGGACAAGAUUCCUUUUGUAAAAGCAGAUUUGAGCAUUCCAGAUUUACAUGAAAUUGUCACUGAAGAAUUAGAAGAGAGGCAUGAAAAACUAAGGAGUGGUAUGGCCCAGCAGAUUGCAUAUGAAAUACAUCUGGAACAGCAGAGCGAGGGAGAAUUGCAGAAGAGAAGCUUCCCUGACCCUGUUACGGAUUGUAAGCCCCCACCUCCUGCCCAGGAAUUCCAAACAGCCCGCCUUUUCCUUUCUCACUUUGGAUUUUUAUCCUUAGAGGCAUUGAAGGAACCUGCAAAUAGUCGUCUACCUCCUCACCUCAUUGCACUUGAUUCUACCAUACCUGGAUUUUUUGAUGACAUUGGAUAUCUAGAUCUCUUGCCAUGUCGUCCUUUUGACACAGUUUUUAUUUUCUAUAUGAAGCCAGGUCAGAAAACAAACCAAGAGAUUUUAAAGAAUGUGGAGUCUUCCAGAAACGUUCAGCCACAUUUCCUAGAAUUUUUGCUUUCCCUUGGCUGGUCAGUAGAUGUGGGCAGACACCCUGGUUGGACGGGACAUGUGUCUACCAGUUGGUCAAUUAAUAGUUGUGAUGAUGGUGAAGUGUCCGAACAAGAUGAAGUAACUUCCUCUGAAGAUGCUGGGGCUAGUAUUUUCAAUGGGCAGAAGAAGGUGUUGUAUUAUGCUGACGCCCUGACGGAGAUAGCUUUCGUGGUUCCUUCUCCCGUGGAGUCCUUAACUGAUUCCUUGGAAAGUAAUAUCUCAGACCAAGAUAGCGACUCAAAUAUGGAUCUUAUGCCUGGAAUUCUGAAGCAGCCACCCCUGACACUUGAGCUGGUCCCAAAUCAUACAGACAGUCUUAAUUCCUCGCAGAGACUCAGUCCAAGUUCCAGAAUGAAGAAGCUGCCUCAGGGUCGCCAUGUGCCUCCCCUUGGACCUGAGACAAGAGUGUCUGUAGUUUGGGUGGAACGCUACGAUGAUAUAGAAAACUUUCCCCUCUCAGAUCUGAUGACAGAGAUCAGCACUGGUGUGGAAACUACUGCAAAUAGUAGCACGUCUCUGAGAUCUACAACUCUUGAAAAAGAAGUCCCUGUAAUCUUCAUCCACCCUUUAAACACUGGAUUGUUCCGGAUAAAAAUCCAAGGAGCCACUGGAAAAUUUAACAUGGUCAUUCCCCUUGUUGAUGGAAUGAUAGUCAGCCGGCGAGCACUUGGCUUUCUGGUGAGGCAAACUGUAAUAAACAUUUGUAGAAGAAAGAGAUUGGAGAGUGAUUCCUACAGUCCACCACAUGUCCGUCGGAAACAGAAAAUCACUGACAUUGUCAACAAAUACCGGAAUAAGCAGUUGGAGCCAGAGUUUUAUACUGCUCUUUUUCAGGAGGUUGGACUCAAGAACUGCAGUUCUUAAGCACAGUUUUUCCAGGGCAGUGGACUGCAGAAUGGGCUCAGACAUCAAAGCAAGACAGCCUUGAAAAAUAAAAGCGAAUCACUCCCAGGAACUCACUAUUGAAUCACCAGAAGAAACACGAUGUGAAGCCACUGGUUCGAGGACCACCAGCUUUCUGAUGAAUGGACCUCACAUAGUCACACUCCUGCUGAAAAUGACAACAAGCAUUUUAGCCAUAAACUUUCUUUUAAAGUGACAGUUUUAGUAAAAUACAAGCCUUUUGAGGAUAAAGGCUUUAAUGCAUCAGUUAAAUACAUGCAUUGGUAGUGUCAACAGGCUUACAAGUUAGGAGCUGAAGAUAGUUUAUACCUCGCUUUUUAGGAGGGUGUAUUCAGAACAAAAAUCAGUCUCAGAAUCUUCUGGAACUUUUUAAGGCUCAAGUUGACACUGUGGAGAAGGAAAGAGGCUGCAGCUCUGUCCUCACGUUUUGAUCCAUUUGUCACCUGUCACACUGACAGGGUAAAACAUAAAUGGGUUUUGCUCAGUUAAGUCUGACAUUAAAAUAUUUCCUAUUUUCUCUCCAUAUUUAAGCAAGUUGUCCCUCUCAUUGCCCUGGAAAUCUGUCACAGGGCCUCAGCUUCUUAGCAAGCAGAUGGAAAUGGAGGCCCAGCUGUGUUCUCUAAUGGCAUACCAGUUUGGGUUAAAAGCUGUGAGUUUACAACAGGGACUGAAAAUGAUUUGGCUUCAUCCUUUAUUCAGGACCAAGCAGCAAGGUUCAGUAGUUCAGGAAGAAAUGCCCCACUGCCACUCACUCAGCUCUUUAAUGAGCACCUGGUUUGCAAUCCACAGAAUCUGUCAUCUUCUUAGGUAGCUGCUGCUGUUAUGUUCCUGGCCUUAGCCAGCUGAAGGCACAAGUCCCUAACAGGACUCUGGAAUAUUUCUGCCCCGACUGCUUUUCUGCCAGGGACAAAGCAUAGGAGGUGGCCAGAACCAAACUGUUUUAGAAGGACUCCUGUUACAGUGCUCAGUGUAUACCUAGUUUUCUGUUUUCUCCUUCAGUAAGAUUUUUUUGUCUUAGAAAACAAAUGACACAUAUAGUCCAAAGGAAGAAUCAGAGUUGAACAGGGGUGUCCCACUAACCCUCUGUUGUCACUAAGUAAUGUAGAUCAGGGGUCCACUGUUUGGUGUGAGAUUUGUUCUUUUCCUAGAAUAUUAGGGGCAGUGUUGUACCUGCUCCCCUGUGCAGGUGCCUCCUUUCUAGAAGUAUUUGUUCUGCAAUCUCUAAGCAAGACCCAUGGGUGUAGCAGCCCUUGGUCUAAGUUCGCCACCACCCCCUUUAUUUCCCAGCUCAGGUACAGACACCCCCUCACCUUACCCCCCCCCCCCCAUGUCUUUCUUGUCCCUUGUGUCCUCUUCCUCUGUGAGUCCAGUUUCCAUUCCAGGCAUAUAGUAUUCUGUCUUUUGACUUUUUCUUUUUAAAGUCAGGCAAUAAUUUAAAGUUUCAGGUGAUACCAUGGAGUGGGGAAUGGUAAAAAUUAGUAGUGGGUUUUACCCUAAAAGUAUUCUAGUAACUCAGCAAAAAGAGGUAAAAUGGUGAAAUUGAACAAUCUUAAGAUGCUUACAGAUUGACACUUCAUGGGGAAAAUGGGUUCUUGUUCUAUCUGAGUUGAACAAAGAAUCUGUACAUAUAUGUGUGACUUAUAACAUUCCAGAGGUUACAAAUAACUGAUAAAGAUGUACUUCCUCACCAUGAUUCUUCUGAAAAACUUUUACUUUCGAUAUUGUUUAAAUGAUACCAGAAAGAUAGCAUACGGGAUAUGUGUUGGGCGGGUUUACUGGCCCUUCCCCUUCAGUUGGCUCUAGUUUCUAACUGUAAUUCUGUUGAUUUUGAUAAGAGAACAACCAUGGCAGAUGCAGUUUGAAAUCUGGGGUACGUGGUAGUUCCCUAAGGAGGGCUACACACCCCUGAGGCAGAGAAGUUCUAGUGUGCAGAGCCAACACAGCCCCCUCACUGGUUCCUCUGCUCCACACACCAUCUACCCACCAAAGGAGUGCGGUAAGAGCCUUGGGCCUCAGAGUGUGAUUUGGAAUCCUGCUCCCUGAGUUCACUCCUGCCUGCGCUAAGAUCACAUUGAACAGAAUCUUGUCAGAGGAACAUACUUAGUACCUACAAUAAUCUUAGUAGUUCACUUGGUAAAUUUGCUAGCACAGGUUCAGAAACUGGGGAAACACUGGAACCAGUCUGGACUGUGGCUUAAACUGCUCAGUUGCUGUAUGUGGAUGCCCAGGCAAUCUCAAAGAGGAAUAUAUUUCCUCAGGGUAUUUAGGCUAGUGGCCCCUCCUGUUUACUUCUGAAGCUCGGGGCGGGAGAGGGAGCUUGCUCCUUUGGCAGGAAGCACAGGAAGCAGGCUUCCUAACCUCUUCAAACCUUGCAGCCACAUUUCUCAUUUGUCUAGUUUCCUCUUAAGACCUCCUGGCCUUUGGCCCCUUGAAAAGAAUAAUUACAAUGGUCAGGCAGCCCUCCCCAGCCAUACGGAUGCGUGUGCCGUGCACAUGUGUAUAUGAGCAUCUCCCUCUUCCAGUGCCCCAAUUUUAGAGUAGCUCCACCUCUGGACGCACCUGUAAAAAUACCUACACUUUGGCUGGCCCUGUCAGUGUCUGGCUCAUGGGUAGGUAGGACAGCCUGGAAGAACAGCUCCCCUGUCUGAGCUGGGGGAACAGUGGUCUUCUACAGACUGACCUUUACGGUGAUGAGUUUCCCAGGGUGUAUUCCUAUUGAAAAGUGGACUUGUCCCACAGAGUCAGCCUUGGGCAGAGAUGGAUAGAUGGUGACAACUAUCUGGGUGGUUAUUCGACACUCUCAUGGCAGCAGCUGUCCCUUAGCAUUUAAAGCCUGUUCAGGCUGGACGGAUCUGUGUUAACAGUGACCAUUGGCACCCACUGCUCUGUUCCCAGCACUCCCUGACAUCCCUCUUCCUGAGGGAUCCACCUGAACAGUGAGGUCACUGGUCUUGCCUCUGGCAGAGCCAUGCGCUUCAUAGGGUUUUCUCAGAAUAGCCACCCUUGUUCUUCAGACAAGUUUUUUAAUGAUGAGGAAAAUGUGUAACUUGGGAUUCCACAGUGCCUUGCAUACAGUAGGCGCCCAAUACCUAUUUGUUGAAGCAAAUCAAGUUCUUUGUUCCCACAGUGGCCAAGGUAUCUUCCUCUGAAGGGCUUGGCAGUUGUGGCUAAAAACUAAGUAUCAUUAUUUGCUCGAAACCAUAUUUACAAUUUGUAUGAAUUUCGGUAUAUUGCCAAGAUGGGAUCUUUUUCCUAUUGUAUUUCUGUAAAUAUUUCUGCCACUGAUCUGUAAAGUAAAGGAGAUGUAAAUAUGAAGGUGUGCUGUGUCCCUCGCUGCCUGUGUUGGAUCUUCGUCAGCCUGGGAAGAAGGUACAAAGCUGCUGUUCGGAUUUAUGUCUGUCCUCCACCCUCAAGAGACCCACGGGAUAUUGAAUGUAAUACAUGCGGUCAAUUAAAUUUUAAGGAGCUUCUUGUCUAA